ACUCGCUCUCCCUCCCCUCUAUCAGCUGAAGCAAGAAAAUGCCACUGCUGGCCAGGAAGUGCCCAAGAAUAUAAAAAUUGAAAGAACAGCGGAUUAAAGUCAACAAGCGGUUAUGCUGCGAGUGGACUCGGGCUUCGGUUAGCAGGUGAAAUACAGCAGAGGAGAUGGCGUAUCAGGGCAGUGGGCAAGCCUGGGGAAAACUGGUGAAAGUGGAUGCAUCUCCAGGCUCUGAAAUAUUGCUCAUAAACAGAGAAUGCACAGUUGGGAGAAGAAAAGGCUGUGACCUCUCAUUCCCUUCUAAUAAACUGGUCUCAGGGGAUCACUGCAAAAUCACUCAAGAUCAGAACUCAGGAAAGGUGUGGCUGGAGGACAUGAGCACCAAUGGAACAGUGAUCAAUAUGUCCAAACUGGUGAAGAAACAGGCGUACUUACUGCAGAAUGGUGAUGUCAUUUAUUUUGUGUACAGGAAGAAUGAGCCAGAACAGAACAUUGCUUAUGUGUAUCAGGCUAUCAUGCCACAGAAAAGUGCCUCACAGGAUGUUAAAGCAGAUGAUGGGAAAGAAGAAGAAUCUGAUCUGACAGAAACAGAAAGUGAACCAGCACCAGUGGAGCCAGUUAUUGUAAAGCCUCUACCUCAGACUGGGCAUGAGGAACCCCAGCCAUCUACCUCCACCUCUACCUUCCACUUCUUCAACAUGUCCUUAUCUACUUGCUCUGGUUAUGAAAAUGAAAAGCAUGUUGCGUCAUCAGGCUGUUCCCAUAAUGCCCCAGCAGGCAGCCCAAGGGAGGCAGUCAUGAAUCACCCCUGCCUGAAGAGAACUUACUGGACUGACGGAGGGCAGCAGAUGCUGACAGAGAUGGAAACAGAGAGGAAAAGAAGAAAAACUGCGAGAGAUGACGUGGAUAGAUUUGGAUCUGCUCACAGUGACUCCGCUGCUUCUGCAGAUGUUCCUCAGGCCACUCUCAGAGUAGUGGGUAAAGAGAAAACAGAGGGAGCCAAAACAGACAAGAUGGAAGAGUCCCUCACCUGCAUCAUUUGUCAAGACCUGCUGCAUGACUGUGUCAGUCUUCAGCCUUGCAUGCAUACAUUUUGUGCUGCCUGUUAUUCUGGUUGGAUGGAACGCUCCUCACUCUGCCCUACCUGCCGAUGUCCUGUGGAGAGGAUCCGUAAAAACCACAUCCUCAACAACCUUGUGGAGGCAUAUCUGCUUCAACACCCAGAGAAGUGUCGCAGUGAAGAGGACUUACGCAGCAUGGAUGCUCGGAAUAAGAUCACACAAGACAUGCUGCAGCCGAAGAUUGAGCGCUCAUUUUCAGACGAGGAGGGAAGUUCAGAUUAUCUGUUCGAGCUUUCAGACAAUGACAGUGACAUCUCUGACAUGAGUCAGCCAUACAUGAUGUGUCGGCAGUGUCUGGGCUAUCGGAAGGAGCUUUGCUCUGCGCUGUUGAUCUGUGAGCCUGCUCAAUCAGAGGCGCCAGCUAAAGUGCCUGGAGAAGAACCCUCAACAUCCUCUGAAACCACCACAGCUCCUCAUGAGUUCAGGUGUCCUCCUCAGGGCAGUCACCUCAUCUGCACCUGCUGCCUGCAGCCCAUGCCUGACAGACGUGCAGAGCACCUUCCCCCACAGAUGUCCCCUCAACAUUGUAUGGUGUGCCAGAAGCCUUACUGUCACGUGUACUGGGGCUGCCAGCGGAUUGGUUGUCAAGGUUGCCUAGCACGUUUCAGUGAACUUAACCUGACUGAUAAAUGUCUGGAUGGAGUUUUAAAUAGCAAUCAGUACGAGUCAGAAGUCCUUAAGAAUUAUUUGACUUCUAGAGGAAUGACCUGGAGGCAUAUGCUACAGGAAGCACUUCAGGCAGUACAGCAAGGCCAGUACCAUCUCUCAGAUUACAGAAUUACUGCCAACUCCUUCCUGUGCUACUGCUGUGGACUUUGCACUUUUAGAGAGCUCACAUACAAAUACAGAGAGCACAUCCCUCCAUCAGAGCUGCCAGAUGCUGUGACCAUCAGACCAGACUGUUACUGGGGACGUAACUGUCGCACUCAAGUGAAAGCACACCAUGCCAUGUAAGUGUCUUAAUGGUUACACUGGCGUAAUGCUUAUACUGGAA